GAGACGCCGAGGAGGCGAAAAAGAGGAAAUGGCAAAGUUCGGGGCCGCCCGAGCAAGCACGGAAGGAUAAGCACGGUGGAGGUGGCGGUUCGUUCAAAACACCGGCACCACCGGCAAAGAAGAACAAGGAUGCUCGGUGGCAUGCAUCCUCCUCCCAAAAGACGGGACCCCCUAGGUGUGCUAAUUGUUCGAAAAAUCACUUUGGGAAGUGCAAUGCACCCCCAAGGUGUUAUCAAUGCGGGAACACGGGCCACAUGAAGGCCAAUUGCCCACAAUUAGGGGGUGGAGGAGCUUCGGGAUCCGGAGGAGGAACCAUGACGGGAAGAAACCGUGCGGGACCGUCAAACGGCGGUACGGGAAGAGGCAACGCAUCCACAAGUCAUGCCGCGUCCGUAAAUCAAGGCGGGACCCAAGCACGAGUGUACGCAAUGACCGAGGCGGAUGCGCGAGCAAACCCGGACUCCGUUGCAGGUUGAAGCUAGAGCUUGCUACUUGCACCUUCUCACGGGUGAUAUCAAAUCAGGGAGACGUGGUUCGUGCUUCCUUAUUUUCUUUCAAACUACCGAACACUUGCUCAUGGAUAUUUGUUUUACUACAAACUAUUUUUGGGGCUUGCAUGCCCAUGUUGUCGGCCGGUUGUGGCCCAUGACUUACCGUUGAAUAUUUCCGCUAUUCAUUGGUUUAAUGUGAUGUUGUUAUGUAUGUUUACUACUGAGUAUGGAUGGAUUGUUUUCUCGAACGCCUUGUGUAAUUAAGUGAGGUCGACCCGUGGGUGACGUCACUUAGUUAUACGGCGGUUGUACACGCGCUUGGAUUGCGGUCUGGGGCGUGACAAAUAAAGACAUGUUUUGAUGAUAAAAAAAAAAUUAAACAACAACCCAUUUCCGUAAAUAAAUCAAAUUUCUCACUAUUUUAUACGUAUUCACUUUGUCAAUUCAAUUAUUACUGCAAUCCAUCCACCAUCAAUAUAUUCAUCUUGUAAAGGUUUUUGCUUAAAG